AUGGAUCAUGUAGAGAAGUACGUUAAGAAAAAAAAAUAUAGUGAGGAGUUUUUACGGUAUGGAUUUACCUCAAUAAUUACAGCAGGAAUUGAGAAACUGCAAUAUGUUAUUUGUUGUGAAGUUCUAUCAGCCGAAUCUAUGAAGCUGAACAAACUAAAACGCCAUUUUGAUAGCAAGCAUCCGAGCUUUGCUGGCAAGGAUACCAACUAUUUUAGAAGCAAAGCUGAUAUACUCAAAAAAGCCAGAUUUGACACUGGUGACAAGUACCACAAACAAAAUGUAGCAGCCAUUGAAGCUUCAUAUUUGGUGGCCCUCAGAAUCGCCAGAGCUAUAAAACAUUACACCAUUGCUGAGGAUUUACUGUUGCCGGCAGCCAAAGACAUUGUUCAAGUUAUGAUCGGAGACAAAUUUGUUACGAAAUUGAGUGCUAUUUCCUUACCUAAUGACACUGUCCACAAAAGAAUAGAUGACAUGUCUGCUGAUACUCUUGAUCAGGUAAUCCAGGAAAUUAAAUCUGCUCCACUUCCAAUAUUUAGUAUCCAGCUUGAUGAAGCUACAGACAUUGCAAACCGUUCAUAUUUACUGGUUUAUGCCAGAUAUAUUAAUGAUGGCGACUUUAAAGAUGCGUUUCUUUUUUGCAAACUUCUUGAGAUGACAACUAUUGCACAUGAUGUAUUUGACACAGUUGGUUCAUUUCUGAAAGAGCAUAAGAUCUCUUGGGAAAAGGUUUGUGGUAUUUGCACAGAUGGUGCUCCAGCUAUGCUAGGAUGUCAAUCUGAAUUUCAACAUUUGGUACUGAAUAAGUCACCAAAAGUCACUGUAUGA